AUGGUUGCUGAUAAUGGCAUUAAGAGUUUGACUCUGGUGGAGUUGAUUGAAAUAGUAGAUUUGAUAACUUGUUUUUUGGUUUGUAUGGGUAGCUCAAUGUUUGGCAGUGUGUCUGUUUCUUCCGAUAUUAUUGGUGAUGAAGGGCAACUUGAUGAUGGAGGGGAUCUUUUGGUUUGUUCAUUGGGUAAGCUUGUAUUGGUCAUUGAUUGGCUUAAUAUAUUUGAGUUUUGGAUAUUUUUAGUUAUGGAGUUAGCAUUUACUAAGGUAAAGUGUAAGAGAAAGGAGAAGCGAUGCCCAAAUUUCAAUCAUUUUUCUGAAUAUCCGUGUUUAGUAGGUUUCAAUAAUACAGUGCAUGUUAAAAAAUUAGUAAAAGAGCCCUUAACUAAGUUUUCCAAGUUGUCAGGUAAAGAUGGAAUUCUCGAAUCUCAUGCCUGUACGGACUACCAUAAAUUAGCAUUUCAAAAAUGUAAAGAUUUCCUUAAUGAGUAUAAGAAUCCUUCUCUUGACAUUAUAAAUAUAAUGCAAAAUAAUCGUAAACAGCAAAUAUUGGAUAAUAGGGAAAGAGUCGUUCCAAUUAUUAAAACUAUAAUUUUUCAUGGUAGACAAAACUUUGCAUUAAGGGGACAUAGAGACGACGGGGAUUUGUAUAAAAUAAAUGAAUCCGAUAGCCUUGUAGCAAAUGAUGGAAAUUUUCGGGCCUUAUUACGAUUUCGUAUGGAAAGUGGAGAUACAAUUUUAGAAAAUCAUUUAAAAAUGUCGGGUAAAAAUGCUACUUAUAUAAGUAAAACUUCUGCUAACGAACUAAUUCAGUGUUGUGAUGUUUCACAUACAUCACAACUUAGCCUAUCAAUAAGGUAUAUUUUUGAAAAUAUUGUAAGAGAAGAUUUUGUAGGAUUUGUAUAUUUACAAAAAAUUAAUUAUUCACAAAGUGAUGAGUUCUUAGAUUCUGAAUUAGAUUUUAGUGAAAAUUCAUCAAACACAAAUAUAGUUGAGCCAAUAAUUACAGGGAUAGGCUGUGACGGAUGUAGCGUGAAUUUGUCUGUGCUGUGUGGUGCUGCAGCCGAAAUUAAAACUGUAGCGAAAAAUGCUUUAAUUUGCCCGUGCUUAAACCAUGCAUUAAAUAAUACUCUAUCGAGAUCGAUUAAAGUUAAAAGUGUGAGAAAUUCAAUUGGAACAAUACAAGAAAUUUUAAAAAAUUUUAAUGCUUCUUCAAAACGCAAUUUAAUCGUUUAG